CCCAUCAAUUGCCCGCCCGUCCGCGCCCGCGCAAAGGAGAGCGAUUCUGCUGCGAAACGAGACGAUCCGCGUCAACGAAACCCGCCGGCUCCCCCCUGGACUCUGCUCCUUUUCCGUUUAUCCGCAACAGAAACGACCGCCAUAAUGUCUUCGUCACUUGCUCGUCCCAUGCUCCGCUCGCCGGCUCUGCGCCAGCUUGCUUUCCGCCGCAGCGAGAGCACCGCCGCCAACAAGGCCUCCGAGACCGCCAAGGACGCUGCCGCCAAGGCCAAGGAGUACCAGGCAAAGGCUGCGCAGGGCCUGUCGCGCGUCGCCGGCGCUGCUGGACCUGCCAUUGCCGGUGCUGCUCGUGGCGUCACCAACGCGCUCGGCAAGGUCGGUGGACGAACUGGCAAGCUGAUCAACUUCGUUGAGAAGCAAACCCCUCAGGCCGUUUACUACGGCAAGGUCGCCCUUGAGACCGGCAAGAUCGUCUUCCACGCCCAGAAGAUGAGCCCUCCUUCCGUUGCCACCUUCCAGUCCUUCUACCAGUCCUUGUGGAAGUCCGUCCAGAGCGGCACCAUCCUCAAGUCUCCUCAGAACCUUCUCCAGCAGGUCCGCAGCCUGACUCCCGGCCAGCUCGUUGCUGGCGGCGUCAUCUUCGCCGAGUGCCUUGGAUUCUUCACCGUUGGCGAGAUGAUUGGCCGAUUCAAGCUCAUUGGCUACCGAGGAGAGACUGCCUCUCACCACUAAAUAUGUUAUGGGGCAUAUAUAGUUCCACGAUUUUCAAAAGAAGUCAAGCAUACCGAGCAUCGAUAAUCUAGGCUUGGGCGUUUUAUUGGGCCAGGAUUAGCUGAUAAAGCAUGAGAGUUGUCCGCGGUAGAAAAAAAAAAGGAGAGUGAGACGAAGAGAUGACUAGGAACCCCGCGUUCGCAAACACACACGCGCGCGCAUCCACACGCAAAAGCACGCAUAUCAUACACAAAAAGGACGAAAAUCGGCAUGUACGGAUAGAUAAAGAGGAUCGGAAUAGAGGAAAUCGUGGUUGGCAUCACAAACCCUAACUGGUGAAGCAAAAAGGAGAUUUGGUGUAUCCAAACCGGUUGGGAAAAAAAAAGGAGGGGCUAGAACAAUGCGUGGUCGAGCAAGACGAAGUGAGGAUCGGGAGGGGAAUAAGGAAGGGCUUUGGCUUGGACAUUUUGUUUUAUUUCGGGGAACCCUCUUUUCCCUUGUGUAUUGGCUGUAUCUGGCUGUGAGCACUUGGUUUUGACAUUUCUCCCCUUUCCUUUGUUAUCACGUGUACAUCAGAGACCUGCUCGAUGCUAUAACAGCAGCAGCAGCUACUUUAAUCCAUGACAAAAUUCUUCGGAUGCUCAAUUCCAGUCUCUUUCGCAAGCC